AUGCCGCUUCUUGGGAAGAAGAUUUUUGUUUGUGUCAAACCGUUGAUUAAUCGAAAAUCGGAGGAGACAAUAUACAGUAUACCACACACAAAAGAACAGUUUCGAUCUAAACAGGACUAUGAGAAACGGAUUUCCCUUUACGAGAACCGCAUCUGGACGUGUCAGUCUACAGGGCACACUAAUCUAACACACGAAGAAGCCUGGAAUUCGGAAAAGACUGUGCAGAAGUCUGUAAAGUCUCAGUAUCAAGCAUGUUACGAGAAACCAGUGUUGGAUAUUGUGCAUCAUAGCACUCACUCUUUGGAUACACUUGUGGAUCAAACAUGGCUCAAACUACAACAAGUUCUUUCUAUUGAUGAAAAAGUAUCAUUGAAAAUCAGGACAACAGGCAAAAUAGUAAAAGCUAAAGUUUUCCGAGUGGAUACAUGUGGUAUUGAGGCUAAUCCAACUAGCAACUGUAGUUCCCCAUCAAGUGAUAAGGAAAAUACAAAUGAAAAUAGUGUGAACAAAGACACUGGACAAAGGAAAUGGGUUCCUCCUAAGUUACUCCCUUAUAAAUACAGUAUAAAACUUGAAGAGGAGGAUAAAAUCAUAAACUGUGUUCCUGCAGCUGAUUUAACUCGUAUUGAUCGGCCACCUUCAAAGGAACUUUUGCGGUUAUUCAUUCGAACUCAUGCUUUACGUGCUGGACUGACAUUUUCUAGUCCUUGGGUUGUUGAUGAAGCCAUGAUUAAAAAACAUAAUAUACAAAAUAAAAUUGCAGAUGUUUUCUUGUCUCCAAUGAAAAUCCAAGACCCUGUGACACUGAAUGAAACUGGGACAAAGAAACGUAAGUCAUCUAUGAGAACUCCUAAGAAAGGAAAGAAUAUGAAGCAAAUGACAUUGUUGGAGAUGUCAGCAAAGAAAGGACCUCGAACACCAGACAAAAAGAAAACUGUGACUGCUGUUUCUCCACAAAAACCACCUUUGAUUGUGCGGAAAUUAAUGACUGCAAUGAAAAACAAAGAUUCAAACAGAACAGAAUACAAAAAGAUUCUACAAAAAGUUAUUCUUCAUUUGUCUACUCAACAAAGAGAGAAAUUACCUGCUGAGGUUAAGGACAUUGUUCAGAAAGCUUAUGAAUUACAUGAAGAGAAGAAGAAGCUCAAGUCAAUGUCUGUUGAAGAAAGAGAAGCUUAUCUGCAGAAGAAGAAAGAAGAGGCCAAAAGGAAACAAGCUGAAGAAAGACGAGCAAAACAGGCAGAGAUCAGAAAAAAGAAGAGAGAACUGAACAGGCGAUAUGAAGAUAAGGAUUUGGAACAUAAAUCACUUCCCCAACCAAAAGUGGUUCCUAAUCCAGAUGGGCUUCCUGUAGAGGCAUUUGGCGAUGUAACAAUGAUCACAGAGUUCAUUAGUUGUUUUUCCGGACUGCUUAUGCCUCAAGAUGAACAAGUUUUUUACACAGAUUUAACAAUGAAAGCACUAGUCAGUGGCAAUGAUGGCUUUUCUUAUAUAUCUCAAAUUCUUGUUAUACUAUUACAAACUUUGUUACAAGAUGAAAUUUCUGAGGAUUACUCGGAAUUGAAUACUCCUCUUGCUGACAUCCCGGUUAAUCCUUAUACUGCUUCUGAACUUGUCCGCUUAGCCCUAAGGAAAAAUGAUAUUGAUGGUCCUGAUGAAUCCCUAAGUGAUGUCAGUUCAGAAGAUGGAGCUGAGGAAGAAUUAGAAGUAAAUGAAGAAUUAAUUGAAAUGUUAGAAAGUCAUGAGCUGUAUGAGUUGGAACCUAUGCAGAAACUCCAGAUUUUAAAAGGAUUGUGUUUACGCAUCAUGGGCACUUACUCUGUGCAGGAUUUCAUGGAACAAAAGCAAGCUGAGGCAUCAAGUCUUUGGCGGAGGAAAUUGUCUUCUCUGAAAGAAAAGAAACAGCAAAAAGAACUUCAUGGUAUGAAAAUAUUACAAAGCAAAAUUGAAGAUUUAACUGAUACAAAAGAAAAUAACCCCAAAAAUGGAAAUGUGAAAGAAGAAUUGCGAAAUAUUAAAAGCUCUGGUUUAACAAUAACAGAUUUUUAUGGAAAUAAUGUAAUGGAAGAUGAUGUUGAGGAAGAGCUUUUGGAAGGUGGCUUGGCGUCUGUUGUUAAACGGCGUCGUCAGAGAGCUGCUGUAGCAGCACAAGAAAAAGAAAAACGUGAUAAGGAAGAGAGAGAAAGAAGAGAGAAAGAAUAUGCUGUAAUGCGCAGGAUAAAAGAAGAACAAGCCUUUGAAAAAGCAUUUGCUGAUGGAAUUUUAUUUGCAAAGAUGGUCCUCCGUCUGUCACCAAUUGGAACUGAUCGAAAUCAUAAUCGCUAUUGGAUAUUUUCUAAAUGUACACCAGGCCUUUACAUUGAAAAAGGUUGGAUAUCUGAUGCCAUUGAGUACACUUUUGAAACAAAAACAACAAUGGAACAAAGUUCUGAAAGCUCAGAUGAUGAGACUGUCUCUGGUUCUGACACUUACCUGCAUUACAACAGAAAGAAUAUUGAAACCAGCUUCCCAAAUACUGGACAAAAUUUGUGGUUUGUUUAUGAUACAGUUGAAGAAUUGGAUAAACUUAUGAACUCCCUCCAUCCACAAGGUGUCAGGGAAAGUGCCUUGAAAGCAGAAAUCAAAAAACGAUGGGAUGAUAUAGUAAAACAUUUUACUACAGUUAAAGGAAUUAUCCCAAAAGAAGAAAAUCCUUUUGAAAAGAACCUGAUGGCUGCUUUCAAAAAAGAAUUAAAAGAAACUGAAACUCGUUUACGGAAUGGUGGUCUUGGUGGCGUGUAUGGACAAGAUGAGUGGGAACAAAAACUGGAUAAUGCUGUUUCUCUGUCUGAAUUAGGAAACUGCAUGUUGGAAACACAGAGUUAUGUUUUGGAGCGCUUCCUGCAGGGUAUUAUGGGAAAAUCGAAACAGAAAAGUACUGAUUCAGAUAAGAAAGAUGAUACAGUUGGUGAUAGUGCUGUAAAAGAGGAAGAAGAAAAGGAAUUAAUUAAUGUUGGAUAUCAGAAAUGGAAGGAAGCAGUUGAAAACUGCAACACUAUUUCCAGAAUGCAUGUUCUCUUGGGAAUAUUGGAUGCUUGUAUUAAAUGGGAAAAAUCAGCUGAAAAUGCAAAAUGUAAGAUUUGUCGUAAGAAAGGAGUUGGUGAACAAUUAAUUCUCUGUGAUGAGUGUAACCAGGCAUUCCAUUUAUAUUGCCUUCGACCUGCAUUACCCUGGAUUCCUGAAGGAGAUUGGUAUUGUCCUGCCUGUGUUCCUCAGUCGGAGCGGCGGAGUCGAAGAACAGCUUCAAGAAAAAAAUAUGAAGAAUCUGAUGAUGAGAAAAGAGCCAGUGAUGAUGAUGAUGUUGAUGAUUCUGCAGAAUCAGGGAUUGAGCAUGAAAGUAAUUGUGUUGUAUGUGAUGGUGAAGAUGACUUGAUAGAGUGUUCACAAUGUCCCGAUGUAUAUCACCUUGAGUGUCAUGAUCCUCCUUUACGGCAUCCUCCAAGAGGCAAAUGGAUUUGUAUAUCUUGUAAAACUGGCAGAAGAAGGCCAAGAUCAAGACGAGCCUGUAACAAAAAGAAAAGUAUCCAAACUUGCAAAAAAGCUGUCAAAGAAUCAGAGGAAGAGUCAGAGGAUGAAGACGAGGAAGAAUCAGAUGAUGAAGAAGUUGAUGAUGAAGAUGAUGAUGAUGAAGAUGAUGAUGAUGAUGAAGAUGAUGAUGAUGAAGAUGAGGAGGUUGAUGAUGAUGAAGACGAUGAUGAUGAUGAUGAUGAAGAAGAAGAAAUUGAAGACAUUCCUAAAAAACUUCAAUCUACAAGAAAGACCCGGCAAAAAAAAAAUGUGAAAACAACAAAGUCUAAAGCAGACAAUGAAGAAGGAUCUCAAGAACAGGAAAUAGAGGAGGAAGAUGAAGAGGAAGAUGUUUCCAACUCAGAUGAAGAAUAUGUAUCUGCUGUGGCUGCCCAGUGUCAAGAGGAGUGCAAAGCCAGUGUUUCUACACAAACAUCCUUUACUGAGGGUGCAGUUGACAACUCCUCUAGUCAGACAGGAACACAAACUGCCACCAUGGAAUGUUAUCCUUCCCAGAGGCAACAGCAGAACAUGGAAUUGUCUAUUUGUGAAGCCAUUCUUAUUAGACUAAUCAUGAACAAGGCAAGUUGGCCUUUCAGACUUCCUGUUGAUGAAAAGGAGGCUCCAGAUUAUUAUGAACUGAUCAUAAAUCCUAUUGACCUCAGAACCAUCAAACACAAAAUUGUUGAUUGUGAAUAUAAAUACACAGAACAUUUUAUUGAAGAUAUUUCAUUGAUGUUUCGAAACUGUGCCAGUUAUAAUUCAGUGGACAGUGAAGUAUACCGAUGUAUGCUGGUCUUGGAAAAACAAUUUACCAAUCUCCUUUCCAAAUUUUUGCCUCAGUAUCAUUACAGUCGCAAGAUAUCUAAUGGCUACAGUGGCCAAGCUUACACUUGUUAUGGUACAAGAAAACGAGGUCAUUGUAUGUGA